UAUGUUCUCUUUUAUAGGUCACAUAGAAUCCUUCCUACCUCUCUCCUUCCAAAUUCACCGCCUAUGAGCUCUUCUGACCUACCCAACAUUCUUCUCUCUCUCUCUCUCUCUCUCUCUCUCUCUACAAUCCAUUUGAAUUCGUUGCUUUCGAGCUCCAAAAACCCUAGCUUCUCUGAAAAACCAAGUCAACUCCAAUUUCUUGGAUAAAUUCGCGGGUUUAUUUAUCGACAAUCGUAGUGGAAAUAUAAAGAUGUCGGAGAAGUUCUCGCCGACGCUACGGAUUGGCGAUUUGAGCGAUUUCAUAGCGCCAUCUCAGGCCUGCAUAGUCUCUCUCAAGGGACUCAAAGCCUCCUCAGCCAAGCCCUCUGAUAUUAAACCUGAGGUUUCGACUUCAAUUAACCAGUUAAAAUCAGAACCUGUGAAAAUUUCUCUGAAGGAUUGCUUAGCUUGCAGUGGGUGUGUAACAUCUGCUGAGACGAUUAUGCUAGAGAAACAAAGUUUGGAUGAGUUUCUUUCUAAUAUUUCUAAAGGGAAGGUUGUAAUUGUCUCCGUUUCUCCCCAGUCAAGAGCUUCUCUCGCAGUUCAUUUUGGUAUUUCACCACUUCAGGUCUUAAAGAAACUAACUACAUUUUUUAAGUCAUUGGGGGUAAAGGCUAUAUUUGAUACAAGCUGCAGUAGAGAUUUAACCCUUAUUGAAUCUUGUAAUGAAUUCAUCGCAAGAUACAAAAAAAGCCAAUCGGUUGAUGAUGAGAAAUCUAAAUCUUCCUUGCCCAUGAUUUCCUCUUCAUGUCCAGGUUGGAUAUGCUAUGCUGAAAAACAGCUUGGGUCGUACAUUUUGCCUUAUAUUUCUUCAGUGAAGAGUCCCCAGCAAACAAUUGGAGCCAUUGUGAAAAAUCACAUAUGUCGGAAAAUGGAACUUAGGCCAGACGAGAUUUAUCAUGUAACUGUGAUGCCUUGUUAUGAUAAGAAGCUUGAGGCUUCUAGGGACGACUUUGUUUUUCAAGUUGAAUCUCAAGCCAAAACCAAUGACAAUGAAGCUCGAAUGAUUACAGAGGUAGAUUCAGUUUUGACAUCUGGGGAAGUUCUAGAACUGAUACAGUUAAAAGGAGUGGACUUUAAAGCGUUGGAAGAUUCACCCCUAGAUAGCUUGCUGACAAAUGUUACUGGAGAAGGGCAGUUUUAUGGAGUCCCUGGAAGCUCAGGAGGUUAUGCAGAAACCAUAUUCAGACGUGCUGCUAAGGUGUUAUUUGGGGAAAAAGUCGAAGGUCCCCUGGAGUUCAGAACUAUCAGAAACUCGGAUUUCCAAGAGACUACUUUGGAAGUGGAGGGGAAAACUGUGUUAAAGUUUGCGCUAUGUUAUGGUUUUCGAAAUUUGCAAAAUGUUGUCAGGAAAAUAAAAAUUGGAAAAUGUGAUUAUCAUUUCUUGGAGAUCAUGGCGUGCCCUUCUGGUUGCUUGAAUGGUGGAGGUCAAAUCAAGCCAAAGCCAGGCCAAUCUGGGAGGGAUCUGAUUCAGUUGUUGGAAACUAUUUAUAUGGAAAAUGUUCUGGUAGCUGAUCCUUUUGAAAACGCUCUCGUUAGAAAGAUAUAUGAUGAGUGGCUUGAGCAGUCUGGUUCAGAGAAAGCUAAGAGACACAUGCACACAGUAUAUCACCCCGUGGUAAAAAGCAUUACUUCUCAGUUGCAUAAUUGGUAAAAAAAAAUAUAAUAAUAAAAGAAGAAGAAAAAAGAAGAAGAAGAAGAAGUUUGCCUUCAUACUUUCUUGAACGUCUCCCCAGACCCAGCACUUCAUAACACCUGCGGCCAUCUUCUCUUUCACGGGGUUGCUUUUAUGGAGUCCAAUUUUGAUAGAGAAAUCUGAUACUUUUGUUCAAUUUUCACCUCUUUCUCGUGUAUAUAUAUGAACUUUGUCAGAUAGAAGAAAGAGAAUGAGUUAGCCCUUCAUCCAUGUUUCUUUCUUGGUUUUUUUUUUUUUCCUAAUAAUUUUU